AUGCUCCAAUUCUGGAGAUUUGAUUUGGCGAUUGCCCUCGCGUCCGGUGUAACUGCGGCGACCGCUCUCGUCUUGGCGACGUACAAGAGAGUGCGAAACCGCUCCAGAUUGCCUAAACCGCCUGGGCCAAAGGGAUACCCUAUCAUCGGAAACCUCUUCGAUGUACCAAGCAAACGCAGUUGGAUUGGUUACAAGGAACUCUCUGAGAAGUACGGUAUAAUGGACUUGGGGGGUUACAUGACAGUCAUGCCUUACGGAACACGACUAAACCGACAUCGGAAGAUGUUCCGCCAACAUAUCGAAUCCAACGACAUAUCGAAAUGGUACCCAAUUAUCAGAAGACAAGUGUUUGACUGUAUGAAAGCUGUAGCAGCCAUCCCAGAUUCGUGGAACACCCACUUCAACCACCUAUUCACAAGUAUGAUGGUCGAGAUUACCUAUGGCGUGAAGACCAAGUCGCUUCAGGACCCUUUCAUCAAGGACAUGAUGGAAGCUGCAUUGGGAUUCGCCCAGGCCGCCCUUCCUGGGAGCUUCCUUGUUGAUACAUUCCCGAUCCUGAAAUACGUUCCGACUUGGUUCCCUGGGGCUUAUUUCAAACGUUUCGCGGCGUACUACAAGGCCGUUGAUUACAAGGCGAGGAACGAUCCUAAGUUCGACCAUGUCACCAGGGCUAUGAAAGCAGGGACGUCUCGGCCGUGCGUUGUUAGCAGUAUGGUUGAAGCUCUCCCGGAGGAGAACGAUCCCACGAGGGCUGAAGAAGAGACUAUCGCUCGAAAUGUGGCUGCGAUGAUCCAUGCAGUUGGUUAUGGUCGAAUGCCCGAAUUCAGUGACAAGGAGAGCCUAGUGCAGAUCUUACACGACCCAGAAACCUUCGAAGAUCCCUUUGCUUUCAAGCCAGAACGCUACAUCAAAGAUGGAAAACAGCUUUCGGAUUCGGGCGAAGAUGAAAAUGGAAAGCCUACGAUAAAGUACGGUGUUACGGACGGAGCGCUAUCACAUCCAGAGCCGUUUGAGUUCGAACUACAAUGA